UCAGGUAAAUUACAGAUUAUUUCAACUCUUAAGGGCAUCUGUCUCUGCACAAUCUGCACCUCUCAUCCUGGACUGCGUGUUGCUGGGAAUAAUAGGUCAUGGAUGCUCUUCGUUUAGCAAAUACAGCCUUGGCUGUGGAUAUCUGGAAAAUACUCUUUGAACAAAACAAAUCAGAAAAUAUCAUUUUCUCGCCAUUAUGCAUAUCAGGCUCUCUAGCUCUAGCUAUGAAAGGGUCUAAAGAAAGCACUGCUGCCAACUUUGAAAAGGUGCUUCACUUUGAGAAAGUCAAAGAUUGUGACUUUGGAUUUCAGACGCUUACUUCAGAUAUUUCCAAAAUUAGUUCUGUAUACUCUCUGAAAAUCGUUAAACGUCUUUACAUAGAAAACAGUCUCAGCUGCACUAAGACAUUUAUAGACUCGACAAAGAAGCCAUAUGCAGGUGAGCUGGAAUCAAUUGACAUUCAAAGCCAGCCAGAAGAAGCAAGAAACAAGAUAAAUACAUCAAUAAAAGAGCUCACUGAUGGAAAAUUUGAGAACAUUUUGAGUGAAGGGACAUGUGAUGAGAACUCUAAAAUCCUAAUGAUUGGAGCUGCCUAUUUCAAAGGAAACUGGCUGUAUAAAUUUAAUGAAUCCGAAACUAAAGAAGUGGAUUUUCAUAUUAGCAAGACUGAAACUAAACCUGUGCAAAUGAUGUAUCUAGAAGCCCGACUAAGCAUUGGAUAUGUAAAUGAUUUAAAAACUAUGAUCUUAGAUAUCCCUUUUACAGCAAAACAUGUAAGUCUCCUCAUUCUACUACCAAAGAAUAUUGAAGAUGAUUCUACUGGUCUGGAGAAGUUGGAACAUGAUAUUACAUACGAAAAAUAUGUCCAUUGGACCAACCCCAGCAUGAUGGCCAACAGCAAAGUUAAACUCUGUUUGCCCAAAUUCAAGAUGGAAUGCAGCUAUGACCUCAAGGACAUUUUAAAGAGUUUGGGGUUGGAUGAUGCAUUUAAUGAAGAGGUAUCUGAUUUCUCAGGCAUGUCAGAAGGUAAAGGCAUUGUGUUGUCUCAGGCAAUACAGAAAGCUUGUAUUGAGAUCAAUGAAGAUGGCACUGAGACAGCAGAUGUCAGUAAAGAGAGGCUUCUAAUGCACAAAGAUGAGUUCCUUGUUGACCAUCCAUUCCUGUUUAUACUUCGACACAACAAAACACGCACAAUUCUAAUGUGUGGCAGGUACUGCUCCCCUCCAUCUUCAUGCUAAUUCAAAAUCUAAGAUCACCCCUACUCAUGUAGAUAAUAGCUGAUACGGUAAUGUUUCCAUAUUGGUUAUAAUCAGUGUCUGCUCAGCAAUUAUUGUAAGAAUUAAUAAUUUGUCUUGCUAUUUACUUUCAUAGUUGCUAUUGAUAUUGUGCUUUUGUUCGCAUCAAUAAAACACCAAAGCUCAUUUCCAAAA